AUGUGCAUCGCAAGCCCCGCUGCCUCGACGGCGUCAUGCGCGAUGGCGCUGCCUGCUGAGUCGGUCCCUCCCCGCCCAGCCGAGAAGGCCACAGGGGCGCUGAGCCCGGGGACGUUUCUCGAGUACUACGGCUGCGGCGCUACGGCGUGCGUGGUGACGGACGGGAGGAACCUGAGGACGGACUUCAGGAAGGGAAUAAAGGGCAAUGCUACGAGCAGGAGGGGUGGAGGGCGGAAGCCCUGA